UACAUAUUUAUAUGUAUGUACAAGACUACAUUAGUUUGUUUAAAACUGAAAAGGUUACGAAUAUGUGCUUAUUCUUGUUAUGCUGUUGUAUGUACCGGUUUUAACAUGACUAUGUGAACUAGGCUUAAAGAUAUUUGUACCUAGCAUUAUUGAUGUAUUAAUUAUGGACGAAAUUUGAAAUCGGUGCGUCAAACGGAUGGUUAUACUACAUGACGAAGAAUAUUACAAAAGUCGAGUACCCCAACCCGAUUUAGGACCAAUUGGAAAUUUCUCGCGUUUCAUAUGGAACAAGGAACGAAAAACCAUCUUUGACAGAACCGCCAAAGAAUGGGGUCAGGUGGGAAUAUUUUACUUGGCUUUCUUUACUGUUUUGGGAUCGAUCUUCGCGGUGCAAAUGAAGAUCAGCAUUGAUUAUGUUUCUCAGUUGAAGAAACCGUUCUUUCAAUAUCCUGGCGUUACUCCGAAGUCUUCUAUCGGAAAGAGGUUCGCCAUUUUCAGUUCGCCUUGGCAAUUAGAGAGCCCAGGUAUAGUUUUCAAACCAAACAGCGUCUCAUCUGCAUCACCCAUAAUUUCGAUAAAUAAUGCAAGUGCUAAUGCGAAACCGAAGCGGUAUAUCGAAGCCUUGACUGACUUUCUGCAAGAGUACCACAAAAACACGUCGUAUUACAACUUGAAUUGCCAAGACAAAAGUGGCGGUUCGAAUUAUUUCGAAAAACCUUGUUUCUUCGAUAUAACAAAUUUAGGCACGUGUAGCAAACCUCCGUUCGGAUACACAGAACCUAUGCAACCUUGCAUUCUCAUUAAAUUCAAUAAGAGGUUCGAUUGGGUACCCGUGUGUUAUAAUCGAUCUUCCCAUUUACCGGAGAGUAUGCCGAGUAAUUUGAAGAAAAUGGUGCUGGAAAGUGAUAAGUUGCACGUGUGGUUGUCAUGCGACGGAGUAAAUAAUGUCGAUAAAGAGCAUAUGGGAGAAAUAGAAUAUACCCCACGACCAGGAUUUUCGAACGAGUACUUUCCAUUCGCUGGCCAGCCGCAUUAUUUGUCCCCCAUCGUGGCGUUGCAAUUCAAGAACUUAACACCAAAUCGGUUGGUCACGAUCGAGUGCAAUUUAUGGGCUGCCAAUAUUCAGGAUCGAGCUCGUAAAGCGUUAGAUUUCCAAAUAAUUAUAGCAAGUUGAUCGGAGUUCUAGCGAAAUGGUUCAAGGAUUAAAUGUUUGCGAAACGUGGUAUCGAGGCAGUUGGUCGCAACGUUCCGGAGGCUGUUUACAUUCGUCAUCCGCUACGAUUUCAUCCUAAUCAGAUUGA